AUGGGCAUAGACCCUAGGCAACGACAAGCAAGGCAGGAUGAGUUCGAGGAUGAAAUAGAAGAAGAGAGUGAAGAGGAAGAAGGUAGUGAGGAUGAGGAAGAAAAUGAUGAGGAAGGCAAUGGAAAGGAAAGCAGUGAGGAAGAAGAACAGGAAGAAGAGGAGUCCCAAGAUUUAGAUGAAGGACCGCCUACUACGCAUAAAGACCAACAUGAUGGGGCCGCCUUAGAAGCCCCGGGGACUAUUGCCCAAAACAUGAACCUGGUCCCGCCUACACCACCAGUGCAGCCCACUGGAACUAUGAAUAUGAGUGGCUUGUUCGAGCGCUUUCAGCGCCUUCGCCCUCCUACUUUUACGGGUACCCACUGA